AUGGCAGACGCGCAGAAGCUUUGCGGUGUAGCAGUUCGAGGAGCUCGACACCGAAGAGCUGUGGCGCCUGCUUGCUGGUAUGGGCAUGUCUUCCAGUCAGACUUGGCUCACAGCCUGGCGGCGCAGCAGCGGCAGCUGGUGGAGCAGAAGCUCCGGGCAACCGCUUCGGUGCUGGGCCACAAGCACCGCGUCAGCGCCAUGAGCAUGCUACGCCUCGGCACCAGCACCUUUGAUCCCGUAACCCCCAGCCACCGCUUGCUGGGGGAGGACAUGCAGAACGCCUGCGAUGGUGUGGACUGCCAGUGUAUGGAGAUGAGACAUUUGUGGCAUCAGUACCACCAGCCGGAUCAAACGGUGGACAGGGCCUGGACCGAGGAGCCCAAGUUCGAGACCACCUUCGACCGGGUCUUCUGCCACGCGCGCACCAGCAUCAUACAGGUCGAGCCGAAGACGGGGAUGUUCCAGGUGCGUAUGGUGUGCAAGUGGAAGUUCCGGACCGCGUCCCCGAAGAACGACACGGAGAUCAGCUACCGGGGAGUGCCCGGCAUCCGCGUGCCAGGCCUGGAGACGAAAGUCCUGGAGAGCCGCGUCUGGAAGGACCUUGCCUCCACGGACAUCGACGGUGGCCCGAAGCAUCGCAACACCAUCACCUGGCGUGGCACUUCGAUCUUCGUUAUGAAAGGCUUCAAGAAGUACCUGGUCAGGGACUUCCCCUUCGACCGCCAUGUCAUCAGCCUGCAUCAGAUAGACUUUGUGUGGCGCCCGAGCAAAGAUGAUCCCACCUUCUACGACUCCAUGAAAGUGGUCUGGUUGAGGGUGGACACAUCAUCCGUGCUCUCAGAAUGGCAGCCGCUGUCUGCGCUGGUGGAACCCGACCAAUGGUGCACGAGCAGUGAUGCGGGCGAUUCCAAAACCUUCGCUUCCAAGUUCAAGAUCCGGCUCCGUAUCGAGCGGGUUCACGGAUUCUACGUGCGCCAGAUUUUCUUGAUAUCUACGUUGAUUGCCCUGAGCACCUGCUCCCCACUGGGCAUGCCCCCCAGCGAAGACGCCAUGAGCACCCGGCUCUCCGUCUACGGCUCAGGUCUGCUGACUCUUGUGGCCUUCAAGUACGGUGUGAUCGAGCACUUGCCCAGCGUCCCAUACAACACCUUCACGGAUGACUAUCUGAUGAUGCAGAUCAUGAUGGUCGUGUUCGCCAUUCUGGAGUGCCUCAUCGCUUACAGGUGGGAGAUCGCGGAGCGAGGCAUCGACCAGGUGGAAAAUGUUCUACUGGUGAUGCUUUGCCUGGGCUGGUCUUGCUUUCUGAGCCACGUGUGGUUCGUCAAGCCGAACCGCCGCACCGCGUGGUGCCAAGUCAGCCUCGGGGACCCGGACGCCGACUUGGAGCGCAGCGAGGCAGAUGACGACUUCCAAAAUCCGAAUCGACAAGAGGUGAUGUACCUGCAGGAAGAGACGACGGAGACACCCUUGGCGUGGAUCCCAAGAUAG